UUCGUUGUUGGAAUAACUGUAGCCUUCUUGUAAAUCAGGCUUAAGAUGCACUGGCAUGUUGAUCACUGUUUCGAAAAAUAAGGAUGUCGUAAAGCUACACCUCAUGUCCUCAUCGCACAACGACGACGGAUGUUGAUAUUCCAAAUGCAAAAUUCUUAAAUUGGAUGUAAAUGCUACGCGAGGAUGGUCGUGACAGAAGUCAAAACGUGGGCUCCUCAUAUACACAUGCAAGAUUAUCUUUGUUUACUUUGGCAUAAGUUUUCAGAGGAAUAACCCCUAGAGAGCCCGUCAUAAAUUUUGGAACAACAAACUCUAGAAGAGGAUGGUACAUUGAUUUUUAGCCCCGCCAAUAAGACGGGCUGCAACAGAAUCAACAAACAAGAGGGGGCAAUACGCCCUUUUUUCCCCCUUACCUGCUCAUCUUGUGGCAGUACUCCAAGGGUUUCCGUUCCGCAAACUUGACUUCGUCCACAAGUCUGGACUUUGAUCUUUAUCGCUCGCUAGAGCUCGUCAGUCGUCGUUGCAUUCCAAAUCAUGACAUCGAGGAUGCAAGACGGCAAGUGUUGCAUUGCUAAAAUACCAUCCAUCUCGGACCGAUUACAACUUCUAUUUGAAAACCCUUUACAUAUCCAAGAGCUGAUCUUCAAAGAAAAAUGUCAACCUGUUCGACAAGCGAUUGAUUUGACAUACACAUCCGACCAACCUGUGCAAAACCACGUUAUCGAAAAUCAGUACAAAACAGUGAGAAUCGAAAGGUUACUUUCUUUGUACCGAUCCGGUGAACUUCACCUUCGUGUGAUCGACACCAGGGAUAGACCAAUGGUUUUUGCAGUGCCACUUAAUGAUACCACAGAUUUCUUGCUCAUCAGUAGGGAUGCCUAUGCAACAUUAUUGCAAGAUUGGGAAGGUGCGCCUCCAGUUGUGAUUGAAGUAUUCAAUUCACCUUUCACGUUCGAUCACGGAUCGAGGUAUGGCAUACUGGCCUACGACGUGAUUGUUCGUGGCUGGGAACUCGUCGGGUGUCUUUCACCACUCAUUUCAGAUAACCCGGACACACGUCAAGUUCCUGAUCCGACGAUUCGUCUGAUGGAGUAUUUCAGGAAAAACUUACAUCAGAAUUUAACCGAUGUAACAAAUUUCACCAAGAAGAGAAAAUCGCUGGAAGAAAAUGUUGGCAGACGACACUGUACAAACUUACCAGUGGCCAACUUCCAAUUCCAACCAACGACCAAUUCCCAGUCCUUUUAGAUUGCCCGGCCCAAGAAAACAGAUGUCAAACAAGAUUUUUUUAUUACACUGUUGUAUUUGCAACUGCUGGUCAGAAAUGUACGGAUUCAAAUACAGCAUUCACACGUCA